GGGAUGAAGCCAGCAGAGAUCAGAUUCUCUCUACAGAGACCUCUACAGCACAGAGAUCCACACAUGGCACCUACAAUCACUGCAGCAAUGACCAAUUCUCAGGAGCACCUGACUCUGACCCACAAGAUCAGAAAGCCUCUGGUGGAGAAGUUACGCAGAGAGCGAAUCAACAGCAGCAUUGAGCAGCUCAAGUCUCUCCUGGAUCCAGAGUUCCUCAAACAGCAGCCAGACUCCAAGCUGGAGAAAGCAGACAUCCUGGAGAUGACCGUUUGUGUCCUGAGACGACUGCAGCAGCAGCGUCGACAGCAGAGAAGACUGCUGAACCACUUCAACAAGCUGCAGUCUUCCUCUGAGAAGAACCUGAGAGAGGCUGACUUCUCUCCUCUGAGCUCCACAGUCCAGACCAGCAUCACCAAAGACAAGAGUCCAGUCAGCAGCGCCCUCUGGAGGCCGUGGUAGACACCUACAGACUGGAGCUACUACCAGACUAACUGAGACGACCACAUUGGUCAAAGAUUACUGGAAGUGAAUUCUUCUGAAUCCUCAGAUUUGAUGAACUUGUUCUUCUGUUUGUACAGAAGUUUACUUGUGAUUGUUUUCUUUGUGGAAGAUGAUAUUUCCUGAGGAAAUGAUGAAACUUUAUCUUUCAAGUUCAGAAAGAGAACAUCUUGUCGUGCAUGUUGCAUGAACACAAUCUGAUUGCGUCAGCAAUUAUUAUUACACAUCACUGUACUUCAUGUGUUGGUGGAGUGGUAAAAGCUAUGGAUACCAUUGGUGUCUUUUAAUAGUUAUUGAUCAUUUUGAUCAUAAACUUUAACUCUUCUUUUUGACACAUGUUAAAGGACUUUAAUCUCUCUGAUUACUCCAAACUGAUCUGUUAUUAGAUCCAAAUGUUUAUCUUUUCUUUCUAAAAGAUUUCCUUAAUGUCACAAUGUUCCUGUGAUACUUUUAUUGCUUACGACAUGUCAUGUGUUGGUACAAUAUUAUGCAUUGGUGACAUUUGCUACCUCUUGAUUAAUUUUGAUCAUUUUGAUCAAAAAUGUUAAUUGUCCUUUUUAUGGACAUUUUGUCAUAAUGGACUUUUCCUCACUUUAUGUGAUUAUUGAAAAAUGAUCUGUUUUAAGAUCAAUAUGUUUAUCCUUUUAUUGUGAAAGGUUUGUUUAACGUCACAUUGUCUCAGUUUUACAGUGACAAUGAGAAUUUUACAUUUUGGGAUUCAAUUGAAUUCAAUGUUUACUAAGAAGAAUGUGAUCUGUUGUAAGGUCAGUUUUUACUAUUUGUUUUGUUCACUAAGUGCAAAUGUUUAAAUCCAUUUGGAAAAGUAUUUUUAAAGACAGUGAGUACUGUGUCCUCACAUCAUGUAAACGGUUUGUCUUUUAUAAAGACGGUUGUUCCUUUACUCUCUCUGAGUACA